CUGCCCCGCGCGAGGGAGUCGGCGUUUCGCAAGAAACAGCUCCGCGUGUCUGUCAGCAUGCACCGGUGUGUGUGCGCGGCCUUGGCUGUCCUGUCGCUGGUGGGGGCAAGUCCUACCCCAGGCAGCGCCCCCCCGAGGUCAGUCCCGUGGAAGGCGUCUCGGCUCGACAAGCCGAACGAGCAUGUCAUCUUUCUUCAGUACGGAGAGACGGAACCAGCCCUCAAGCUGAAAGAGACCAUGCCGGUUGAGGAGCUGAACCCCACACACUACCCCGCCCGCCGGGCUGCUGCCGUUGCCCAACACUUCCUCAACGCUCGCCACGGGUCGCCGUACAAGUGGUUCCACGUGGAGCAGGUGCAGAGCGCCACACUGGAGGAAAUUGCAGGAGUGGGGGCAAAGUAUCACGUGGUCUUCUCAGCAAAGGAAGGUGUCUGUAAUCAGUCGGUAGGACUGUGCACAGCAGACGUGUUGUUCCCUGAAGCCGGGGGUGACCAGACCGCACCUCAGGUCCAGUGCUCCUGCGAGGGACCGCUAGCGAUCAACGCAUCGGCCCAAGAGGAGGCCUUCUACCGGCGGCUCAGGGGCAGCAACAGCCCAGUGACUGGGAACAACAUCCCAGACAGCUUUGGCUUUAUUGCCCCCGAUAUGAAACCGCUGUGGAUCCUGGCGGGUGUUGCCUCCAGCUUUGUGAUGCUCAAGGAAUCCAAUGAAAACACUCUGUACAACUUGGCGCAAGUGGCCAACGUGACACAGCUGGAAUCGGAGGACAAGCAGCUCAAGUUCCAGUAUCAUGUACUGCUGCAUGAAAUGGUAUCCCAGGAGAUAAUCCACUGGAAGCUGCUUGUAACGUGGGCACCGGCUGGGGGCGUCAGCGUGCUCCACCCAGAACGGCAGCCCCACUGCCACGACUGCGUCCUUCCUCCGGCAACCGCCCCCAAAGAGCGUUCUGACCCCGAGUGAGCGUUCGGCCUCGUACCGGGAACCCCACGCCACGUCCCCAGAAAUACGUGUGUCGGUAUUCAUUCUUGGUCCUGGACAGCAGCAGUGUGUGUAGCUGUCUUUUAAAAAA